AUGACUUCCGUUAACGAAAAAGCCAUGUCUUCGGAUGCCAACGCUUGCUCCGGCUUAUCAAAGAUCGAUGAUGGUAUCCCUAUUGCCAGUCUCAAUCCCGAGGACGAGAAGAAGCUGGUCCGGAAGAUCGAUUUUCAUUUGAUUCCCAUCAUGUUCAUUCUGUACUUCUUCCAGUACAUCGACAAGACAUCCCUGGGUUAUACUGCUAUUAUGGGCUUGAAAGUCGAUGCACACUUGAAAGGUCAAGAGUACUCUUGGGUGUCAAGUUUCUUCUAUGUUGGUUUCCUUGUUGCGAGUCCUAUUGCCAGCGUGUUUCUCGUCAAGUUCCCCGUAGGCAGAGUCGUCAGCAACACGGUUUUGCUCUGGGGUACGGUGUUGAUGUGCAUGGCCGCUUCGAAGAGCUUUGCAGGCUUGUCGGUUCUCCGGAUCCUCCUCGGAGGCUUGGAAGCCGCGAUAAACCCUGGCUUCACGAUCCUUACAGCUAUGUGGUAUAAACCUUCGGAACACGCUCUCAGGCAUGGUCUGUGGUAUGGAGGAGCUCCCAUCGCCAUGACAUUUGGAGGUCUCUUAUCCUACGCUAUCAAUCAUAUCACUAUAGGCAUGGCGCCGUGGAAAUGGCUCUUCGUCCUUUUCGGAGCAGCAACCUUUCUCUGGGGUAUCGUCAUGCUCAUCUUCCUCCCGGACUCUCCACAACACGCCAGAUUCCUCGGUCCCGAAGAGAGACGCCAAGCAUUUGCUCGUGUUCAGGGGGAACAGCACUCGGCAUAUACGCGGAAGUGGAACAAUGCUCAAGUGGUAGAAGCUCUGAUCGAUCCAAAGUCGUGGUUGCUGUGCUUCCUCGCUUUCUUCCUCUGCCUCCCUGGUGGAGGACUGGGUAGCUUCGGCAGUAUCAUCCUCCAAGGAUUCGGGUUCAGCACUUUCGAGACGCUUCUCCUGGGGAUGUCCCAGGGGGCCUUCAUGUUCAUCUUCCUCGUCUUCACCGUGACAUGGUCCGUGAAGUUCAGGAAUGGAAGGUGCAUCUCCAUUGCCAUCUGUCAAAUCUUCUCCUUGAUCGGCUGCCUCAUGAUCAAAUACAUCCCACCCCACAACAAAAUCGGCCGUCUCGCAGGCCUCUGGUUGAUCGGGGCCUACGCUAGCGCUACUCCCACAAUCAUGAGUCUGAUUUCCAGCAACGUCAUCGGAUAUACCAAGAAAGCCGUCGUGGGCGGCAUGUUCUUCGUAGCUUUCUGUGCCGGCUACAUUGUCGGACCUCAGACUAUGCUCAGCCAUGAAGCGCCCGGCUACGAGACUGGAUUCAGUGUCAUGGUCGCUUGUUUUGUCCUCAAUCCUGUCCUUGUCAUGGUGCUCCGCCAAGUUAUGGACUUCACCAACAAGAAGCGCGACCGUGAGGCUGCGGGUACUGAUACUCUAUCUCGCGAAAAUGUUGCUGAGACCGAAGGAGCACUAGCUCAGAUCGAGCUCGAUGAAACAGAUUGGCAAAAUAAAAGAAUUCGGUACGAGCUGUAG